AUGUCGCCUGUUCUUUUCAAUGUGCUGAGGUUGCGGCUGGUCCACUGGACAAUGAAAGAAGUGAUGUUUACCAUAUUUGUUCAAGAAACCUCAAAAAAUUAUGGCGCUUACCACAUGGGUCACUUGCUUUUAGAAGAGAUGGCAAGUAGAAGCAUGUUAUAUCAGGACACCAUUGCCAAGUUUUUGGAGUUGGAGAAGGUGACAAGGCACUUGGGAAGGGAUAGGACACCUGAAUGCUGUCUUUUUAUUGUUGAAUUGUAUUAUGACUUUGGAUCACAUUCUCCAGACAAGUUCAGGAUGUCUGAUUUCAUGUCAGAAGCAUCAUAUCAUCUUUGUAAGAUAAUCGAAUCGGUAGCUCUAGACUAUCCGUUCCACGUGAGUGAUGGAGCUAGGGGUGAAACUUCCUCUUCGACAGAUAGUUCUCAGCAUAAUUGUGAAAUGUCAAUUGGCAUUUCUUCUCUGUUGAGCAAUAAAUGUUCGUUUUGGGUUCGUUUUUUUUGGUCAAGUGGGCGAUUAUCAGUUUUGGAUGGUAACAAAGCUAAAGCUUAA